AUGCAGAAUGGCCAUCUGGCUCCCAGCUUCCCGACGGGUCCCAUUACCUCGGUCGCCAACGGAGACGCCCAGUUGCUUUUAGUCUGUGAAGAGGACGAGGGGGAGACUCAGGCUACCCUGCGUCCAUUGAAACGACGUCCUCACCUCUUGCACCCCAGCCAUGGACGUUGGGAUGCCUCGACGACUACCAUCUCCGUGGGCGAAGAGAACGGUGCCAGCCAUGCGAGGGCAGAACAAGAGGCACUGUUCAAUUGCAACAAGGCUGAUGAGAAUGUGAUCAUCCAGGCCACGGAUGGCAGCGCGAUUGCGGACUCCGUUACCGAAUCCUUGAAUCUCGGGCAAGGGAGAGAGCUCACCGGUACUGACGCCGAGGCUGAUGAAUGGACAAGGGAUGCAAUCGAGUCUUCUGGAGCUGGCGAGGCGGUUCACAUGAAUGGUCUUGCGCCUGGUGCCUCUUACGACGACCCAAAUCUGGACCAGUGGCAGACGCUUUCCAGUGAGCCCAUCGCCCUGGUGGCCACGGCCUCAAAGCGCAAGAGUGCCGAACUCUUGCACACGCUAAUCACUUCGGCCCCGAUGACGAACGGCGCCGGAGAGGAGAUCGAGCUGGACCAGCUUUGUCACCGACCUCAGGUGAGCCUCUCCUGA